CGAGCGCCCCGAGUCCCGGCGCGGGAGGAGGCGGCGGCGGCGGCGCGGGAGCGAGCGCGGGGGAGACGCGGCGCUCCCGGCCGCACCUGCCCGGCCCCCGGCCGCCCGCCGGCCCGGCUCCGCAGCGGGACACACAGAAGGAGCCCACCUACUAGCCUGGGAUCAGUUGAGCCCUGGAGCUGAUCCUUGCCCACAGCACUGAGAAUGGCACCGAGGCACAGCCAGACACCCAGACGAAGGUUAGCCAGGGACAUUCCGGGACUGUGACCCUGAUGUCUAUUCAGAGCUGCGCACUCCAGGGUGUGACAACUGUGCCGCGUGCUCCUGAGAGGCCUUCCCACCCGAACCUGCUUUCCUGGGCCCGCUGUCUUUGUGUCGUGGAACUCAGGAGGGUUGUGCUGGUCACCAGGACAAAGAGGUCGCGUGCAGGGCGCUGCUGGUUCUUCCCGAUCCCAGGGCACAGCAAGGAGCAGCCAGCCCGCGCCCGCACCAUGGCCUCGGCCGAGCCCCUGACCGCCCUGUCCCGCUGGUACCUGUACGCCAUCCACGGCUACUUCUGCGAGGUGAUGUUCACGGCCGCCUGGGAGUUCGUGGUGAACUUGAACUGGAAGUUCCCCGGGGUGACGAGCGUGUGGGCGCUCUUCAUCUACGGCACGUCCAUCCUCAUCGUGGAGCGCAUGUACCUGCGCCUGCGUGGCCGCUGCCCGCUGCUGCUGCGCUGCCUCAUCUACACGCUCUGGACCUACCUGUGGGAGUUCACCACCGGCUUCAUCCUGCGCCAGUUCAACGCCUGCCCCUGGGACUACUCCCAGUUCGACUUCGACUUCAUGGGGCUCAUCACCCUGGAGUACGCCGUGCCCUGGUUCUGCGGGGCGCUCAUCAUGGAGCAGUUCAUCAUCCGCAACACCCUCCGUCUCCGCUUCGACAAGGACGCUGAGCCCGGGGAGCCGGGCGGCGCGCUGGCCCUGGCCAACGGCCACGUCAAGACUGACUGAGCGGGUGGGGGAGGGGGUGGGGCCGGAGUUUUUCCCCCCACUGGACCCGUGGGCCAAGGUACCAAGUUGGUGGCGCUGCCUCUUCUGUACAGCACAAGCCCUGCCUAGCCUCUCUGCCCAGUAGAAGAAUCCAUGCGGCUCCCCCUCCCG